AUGUUGCCGGAAAAACAAGCGGAGGAAGCCAUCGUCGACGCCGGCGCCACGGCGGCGGCGGAGGAGGAGGAGGAGGAGGAGCAGGGGAUUUUCAGCGUGAAGAGCAUGCUCUGGCACGGCGGCUCAGCUUGGGACGCCUGGUUCAGCUGCGCCUCCAAUCAGGUGGCCCAAGUUCUUCUGACGCUGCCGUACUCGUUUUCGCAACUGGGCAUGCUUUCCGGCGUCGUUUUCCAGAUAUUUUACGGGCUGAUGGGGAGUUGGACGGCGUACCUUAUAAGUGUUCUAAUUUGGUCCUUUCUGGGCCUUGGAAUGACCACUUUUACUGCUUGGUACCUCACAAUUGCAGCUAUUGUUCAUGGCCAGGUUAAGGAUGUGCAACACUCAGGCCCCAAAAAGAUGGUUCUGUACUUCACAGGAGCCACCAACAUACUCUACACUUUUGGUGGCCAUGCUGUUACUGUCGAAAUCAUGCACGCGAUGUGGAAGCCUCGAAAGUUCAAGUACAUUUACCUUUUGGCCACACUCUACGUUUUUACUCUGACUUUGCCAUCGGCCUCGGCCAUGUAUUGGGCGUACGGAGACCAACUUCUCACUCAUGCUAAUGCUUUCUCUCUCCUCCCGAGGACCGGAUGGCGUGAUACCGCCGUUGUUCUCAUGCUCAUCCACCAGUUUAUCACAUUUGGAUUUGCAUGCACGCCUUUGUAUUUCGUGUGGGAGAAGGUAAUUGGGAUGCACGACACGAAAAGCAUGUGCCUAAGGGCGCUCGCUAGGCUACCGGUGGUGAUACCGAUUUGGUUCUUGGCCAUAAUUUUCCCCUUCUUCGGACCAAUCAACUCGGCGGUCGGGGCGCUUCUAGUGAGUUUCACCGUCUACAUUAUUCCGUCCCUUGCUCAUAUGCUUACUUAUCGGAAAGCAUCAGCUCGUCGGAAUGCUGCUGAGAAGCCGCCAUUCUUCAUGCCAAGCUGGACCGCCAUGUACGCAGUCAACGCCUUCGUGGUAGUAUGGGUCUUGGUAAUCGGGUUCGGGUUUGGCGGUUGGGCCAGCGUCACCAAUUUUGUGAAGCAAGUGGACUCAUUUGGGCUUUUUGCAAGGUGCUACCAGUGUAAACCUCCACCACAGGCCCAUCCAGCUGCACCAACCCAUUAA